GGUGCUGCCUCAACAAACAGCAGCAUUGUGCAGUCAUAACUUCCCUUUGUCACUAAGCAACAAGAAGUUGACCUCCGGAGAUUCUCUUUCCUCAGAUGUAACCUCAAAAAGACAAGAGGAAAGUUUGCCUUUUCCGCUCCCUUCCUGGAAAGAUGCAAAGAGCUUUAGUAGGCUCCUGGCACAACAGUGGCUUCUAUGGGCACUACAGAAGCCAGUUCAAGAGUGAAAGUGCUGGAGAAUACCGCCUUGCAGCCAAACCCCAGCCUCCAGCAGUGUUCCUGCAGCGAUGUCAGGAGCCAGCACAGCGACACUUCUUCUCCAAGCAUGACAACCGUACUUCCUUCGACAAAGGCCCCUAUUGCCUACUGCAGGGAAUCGGAAGGCGAAAAGACCUGGAGCGUUUGUGGCAGCGACACACCUUCCUGCGUUGGGCACCCUGUGAGACGGAGUUUCGCCACCAAGGGCCCCUGGAAUCUUCCUACCAGACUGAUUUCCGGCCAAGCCCAGGACUCAGUGGCCUCCCCCAGCGCCUCGUCCACUUUGUGCAGGUCCAGCCUCCCCGAGCCAGCACCACCUACCAGCAGAACUUCUGCCAACCAUCCCGGGGUGGUCACUGUGGUAGUGACAAGGUAGGGCCCCGGGCACCAGUCCCCAACACACUGCCUGACAUCCUGGGGGUUCCGAGACCCAAGCUGCUGCAGCACUACCUUCAUGCUGGGGUCGCUGAGUGUCUAAACUGGUCCAAAGCAUUAAACAAUAACAGCUGACACAGCA